CUACUCUAUCUACUCUCAGCAUUGGCCUUUGGGACAACCUCACCGCCUGCUAUGGCUGCUCUGCUACAGUUCUUAACAAGCAGCUCCACAUGUUUAGCUCCUCUAAAAUGGCUGAUUCUUUCAGCACUUUUUGCAAAUGUUGCCUUUUCCGGCCAAAUUGUGAAGCAUCUUCCUGGUUUUCAUGGUGAACUUCCAUUUAAGCUUGAAACAGGGUAUGUAAGUGUCGGUGAUUCUGAGCUAUUUUACUAUUUCAUUGAAUCUCAAGGGGAUCCUGAGAAGGACCCUCUGUUUCUCUGGCUAACUGGCGGACCUGGUUGUUCUUCCUUCGGUGGAUUAAUCUUUGAAAUCGGUCCAUUGGAGUUUGACGUAGACAAUUACAAGGUGGGAUUGCCAGAAUUGAAGUACUGCCCAUAUGCGUGGACAAAGUCAGCCAGCUUUAUAUUUUUAGAUGCACCAGUUGGCUCUGGUUUCUCUUAUGCUAGGACUCCAGAAGGAUGGCAUAUCUCAGACUCUGAGUCAGCAGAGCAGUCUUAUCAAUUCCUUAAGAAGUGGUUGUUAGAACACCCUCAGUAUCUGCUACUUCAGCUCUAUAUUGGUGGUGAUUCUUACUCGGGCAUUCCUGUUCCACUGAUCACAAAAAAAGUGAUAGAGGGUAAUGAAGCAAGCGUUCUUCCGCAUUUGAAUCUCCAAGGGUAUCUUGUUGGGAGCCCAAUGACAGAUUUAAUUAUAGACAGAAAUUCGAGAAUAGUAUUUGCUCACAGGUUGGCACUUAUUUCAGAUGAACUCUAUGAGAAACUUAGAAAGAGUUGCAAUGAGAUGUAUGUUGAUGUAGAUCCAUCCAACACAGAAUGUGUAUCAGCCCUUGCAUAUUAUGAAAUGUGUGUAAAAGAUAUAUAUAGCAAACAAGUCUUGGAACCUACCUGUUCAUCCUGGAAAGCAAAUCCAGAAGCUGGUCGAAGAUCUGUAAAAGAAAAUCCUACAAACUUCAUCCAUCCACCACCACCAAGAAUUCUAGAAUUUCAGUGUCAAAAUUUUGUUUAUGAGAUGGCCUACUCGUGGGCAAAUGAUCCUCUAGUCCAAGAUGCCUUACACGUUCGAAAGGGAAUAGUAUCAGAAUGGGUGAGAUGCAACAGAAGUUUAUCAUACGAAAAAAAUGUUACAAGUGUUGUUGAUGUUCAUCGGUAUCUCAGUACCAAAGGCUUACAACUUCUUGUUGAGACUGGUGAUCAUGACAUGACUACUCCUUAUGUUGGAACUGAAAAAUGGAUAAAGUCCCUUAAUUUGACGAUUGCAGAUGACUGGCGACCAUGGUAUAUUGAUGGCCAAGUUGCAGGAUACACAAGAAAGAAUUCACAACAUGGAUUUCAAUUGACAUUUGCAACUGUUAAGGGUGGUGGUCACCCAGCACCAGAGUUCAAACGUAGAGAAUGCUAUGAGAUGUUUCAGAGGUGGAUUCAUUAUUAUCCUCUCUAGAUGAUGAACAAAAUGUAAAUUGUAGUUGAGAUUUAGAGAGGAAAAUGCCAAGAAAAUAAUCUUUGUGAUUGUUUAUUGUGAAAUUUUGAGUACUCGAGAAGCUAGUUAUUCCAAUAAGGUAAGUA